AUGAGAUUAUAGGUUUAUUCCAAAGCGCUUGGUUCCGGAGUGGCCUGUUAUUUGUUUGAGCCGUGGGAUUAAAUAUUGGUCGCCCUCCACCCCGAGACAAAAUGAAUAUGUAUGCUGUGCCCAGCCCGGGAAUACCAGGCUGUCCACCAGGCUUAGAAUACCUGACUCAGGUGGAUCAGCUCCUCAUCAAACAGAAAGUUGAGAUCAUUGAAGCCCUUGUUGGUUUCGAGAGUAACAACAAGUAUGAAGUGCGUAACGUCAUGGGACAGAAUGUGUACUACGCCGUGGAGGAGAACGACUGUCUGAGCCGACAGUGCUGCGGGCCCCUGCGCUCCUUCACCAUCCGCGUCCUCGAUAACUAUGGACAAGAGAUCAUCACUGUCACCAGGCCGCUGAAGUGCAUGUCCUGCUUCUUCCCUUGUUGUCUACAAGAGCUGGAGGUGCAGGCGCCCCCGGGUAACAUAGUGGGAUACGUUCUACAACAGUGGCACCCGUUCUCGCCUAAAUUCAUCGUUGAGAACGAACACAGAGAGCCUGUGCUGAAGAUCCAUGGACCCUUCUGUGGAUGGAGCUGCCUUCCAGAUGUUGACUUUGAGAUUUUGACGAUGGAUGAAACCAGUAAGAUUGGAAAAAUCAGUAAGCAGUGGACGGGCCUUCUCCGGGAGGCCUUCACAGACUCAGACAACUUUGGUAUCCAGUUUCCCAUGGAUCUGGAUGUGAGGAUGAAGGCUGUGAUGAUUGGUGCAUGUUUUCUCAUUGAUUUCAUGUUCUUUGAGAGUUCUAACAACUAGGAGCCGAGUAGGAUUUCGCAGCCAGCAAACAACAUUCCUGGAGGAACAAGGCCAUAAAGCCAUGGUGAUCUGCCCUAACUGUCCUAAUCUAGUACACCUUUCAAAUGGCUAGUUUAGCGAAAGGACCAAGCGGUUCCAAAAUGCGUUAAUCUAACAUGAACAAUGGAAUAGAGAGUUUGUUUUAGUCUUAACUACUCAGGUUGGAUGUUAGAACACGUUGCUGUUUCUGAAAAGGAAUCUGGUGAGGGUUGUGAGUACACAGUGGGGUGUUUUUAGAUUAUGUUUGUGACAUAGUCUUUGUGUGUUUACAUUGUGGUCACUGGGCCCAAAACCCUCAGUUUAGAACAAAAAAAAUGCUUGAAUUGGAAGCUUUCACCCAUCGACCACAUAACAAGCCAAAAGAAAAACACCAUUGCAGGCAUAUGCUGUCAACACACAAGCUGUGAAAACAAAGACCAGUGGCAUGAUGAUACGAGUGCAAAAGUGAUCGACCCAUUGUAUUUGUCUGAUUUGGUCCUAAUUAGAAUUGUGAAGUUAUUUAUUUAUAUAACAAUACGCUUGUAGUUAUAUUGUGUUCAAACUGAAGGAGUCAUGGAAUGUGAUGGUUCUGUAGCCAAGAUAUUCAAAUGUAUUAUUUACUGACUUUUAUUCAUUUAUUUAUUUAUUUGUCAGCAUAGCAGUGUGCCUGCACGUGUGCAUGUGUGUGUGUAUGUGUGUGUGUGUUCUAACUAAACAAAAUAUAAUGUGAUUGUAGUAAUAUUUUCAAUGGCAUAAUGAAAAUGAAUUUCACAGCUCUUUAGGCUGGUGGUGUUUUUGGUUAGAUUACUACUUUCAUGUACUUUCCCACUCUUGUCCACAAGAGGGAGUCAGCAUUUCACUAAAGAAUGACCCACUGUACAAGCCAAAUGAACAAACCUAAUACCUGCUCCAACACUCACAUAUUAUGCCAUAUGAUUUCCUCCAAUAUUAGUGUCUGAUGAUGCUGUAUAUUUUGGUACAAACUCAGGUUUUAAUGCAUGCUACUGUAAUCUAGGCACUGGGAAUUACACACCUGCAAGUGAUACUAUGACUGCAAAGAGAGAUAAUAUUUUGCAUUUUUUUCCUCUUUUUUUACAUUAAAACAUAUUUUCAUCUGAACAUACUUACUUUGCAUUCCUUUAUAUCAACUGGACAGUGAACGUAGGCUGAGUUAUCUUCACUGCUGUGUUAACCAACAGUGUAGCCACAACAACACGGCAAUACUGCAGUUAGAUAAAGCCUUGAUUUCUGUUUGGAUUCCCGUUAACGGUGCUGUGCAUCAACUCUAAUGCAGUAUACUGUCAUUUGAUGAGUUUGAUCAUCAGUGGGAAGUCAAAUACGGGACGGCAGGAUGUAAACAUUUAACUUCGCUAUUGUAGCAAAGACACCAGAUUGUAAAGUAGCUGCUGUGUCAACACUAUAACCGUAAAAAGAUCUUAAAUAGAGGCAUCUUGGUAAAAGUGUCUACUUUCUCCAGAACUCAUGCACGUCACAUGGUCAAGUCAUUAUGUAGGUUCACAACACAUGUCAAAUUGGAAUAGAGAAAAUGACUUGACUGGGAUACAGGAACUGACUUUAGGGCACUGAAAAUGAAUCAACACUGCAAAAAUUAUCCACCCUACCCUAAUUAUCCCACUUCAUUGGCAGCCUCAGUUUAAAUGGCUUGUUAAGAUGGGAUUUUUUUGCAGUGUAUGUUUUCUGUUUUCAGAGUUUAAGUGCUUUAGCAUUGUCAAGGCAGUGUGCAACUUAAGGAAAUCUGAAUAGAGUUUUUGGACUUGAGGUUAGGUUUAACAGUGCUAUAACUGUCACAUGAUUCAUUUGGCAGGCCUAAUGUCGGAGAAUGUAGUUCCAUAGCACAUGCUUAUUAAUGAUGGGACUUUGGUGCUUCUUCCUCUGAAGGCUCUUUGGUUGUGUUUUUCAAGCCAAAAAAUAAAGUCAGAAUGGGAUAAAAAAAAAAAAGGGAUCUCAGCUCUUCUCGUAUAAAGUGCCAGUCAGUUAUGUGAAAAACCAAUUAAAUGUUCUACUUUUGCACUAAUACUGUGAACUAAUAAAACACUUAGUCAUGCAAAGACGCAAACUCUGUGAGCUAUGCUAUAAUUGUGCAAAUAGAGUCCAUGGAAACACACAAAUAAAAACAAAGUGAUGUUGUUGU